GCAGUAAGUAACGGCCAUAAAUCGAGGUCUCAGCAGCCCUCAGAGAAUUAAAAGGCCAUCGUCGGAGCGAGUCACAAUUUCUCCCAAAAUCUCCCGAAUUACGGCCUGUUGCAGGGAAUAAGUCCGCGCGGAUGCUCAGAUGCCUUCGUGAGAGUGGGAAGAUGUACAGCAGAACAUUUAAUAUCCUGCACUUCAUUGUGAGAGACAAAGUUCAUCAUGGAAGCAAAAAGUUUGCUUGUUUUAUUGGUCCGGCUGCAAUCAGCGUUCAUCCCCAAAAGACGGAGCUGAGUUACAGCCGCUACCAGCAAGUGCGUCUCGUGCAGCUCUGCCGUCAGCUUGCAAACACGAGCCAGCCCCCAGGGUCCCCCCCUGACUCAAAGGGAGGGGGUGCUGCUGAGGCUCCCCCCACCCAGCCUGCGUCAGCCACCGCUCGCCUGAAAGAGGCAGUCAUUAAAGUAAUGCCUCGCAAGAAGGAGAGGGUGAAGUUUGACACCUCACAUCCCCUCCACGGAACGCAAUUUCAUCACAGCUGUGCGUGCAAUGGCCGAGUUCCUCCUAAAGCCCUCAGACUUGGAGAAUCUUCGCAAAACCAAGAGAAGAUCACCCUUUGAAAAUGAGCCGCCCAUAACUGUCUAUUGGAGGAAGGAUGUUGAGGAAAAAGCAGUGCAGGUGUGGGGAAGCAUAGAAUCCUUAGAGAAUGAAAAAGUGAAGAGAGAGAAGGAAGUAAAGCAGUAUAAAGAGAACAUCUUCAACGUGAAGAGGAUCAUGAAGGAAUACCGGCGCGACCAGAGGAGCAUCCCCGAACCCCUGACGCCUGGGGGCAACGGCAAGGAUAUUUCGGGCAAUGUGGUGUGGACAGCAGUUGCCAUCAAUGGAGCCAACCUUGUGAUGAAGCUGGGUGCCUGGGCCUUCACAGGGUCCCACAGUCUCUUUGCCGAAGCCUUGCACUCCCUGGCUGACGUCACUAACCAGUUGAUUCUUGCUUAUGGCAUUCACAAGUCCAGGCAGCGGGCUGACGUGGUACAUCCCUACGGCUACACAACCAUGCGGUAUGUGUCUUCAUUGAUCUCUGGUGCGAUGAUCUUCUGUGUUGGGGCCGGCCUCUCCUUCCAGCAUGGCAUAUCUGGACUCAUGACACCCUCUGAGGUGUUGCCCCUUUAUUGGGCUUUCUACAUCCUCGGAGGCUCUCUUAUUACGGAAGGAGGAACACUUCUCAUGGCCGCUCAUGCCAUCAGGAAAGGGGCUCAGCAACAGCAGAUGUCCUUCACUGAGUAUGUCCUACGCAGCCAAGACCCAAGUGUAAACGUGGUCCUUUUGGAGGACAUGGCGGCAGUAAUUGGGGUCAGCGUAGCGAUGGCAUGCAUGGGCCUCACUUCAGUCACUGGCUCACACAUCCCUGAUGCCAUUGGGUCGUGCCUCAUUGGGGGCAUCUUGGCCGGGGUUUCGGGAUUCAUAAUCUACACCAACUCAGCUGCGUUGGUUGGGAAAUCCAUCCCCCAGUACCGGCUGGAGAAGAUCAACGAUGAGCUGGAGCGGGAUGUGCUGAUCCGUGCCAUCUACGACGUCAAGGGCAUUGACAUGGGGACGGGGUUGGUGCGCUACAAAGCUGAGGUAGACUUUGACGGCAGGGAACUCACACGUGGCUACCUCGAUAAGCAAGAUUUAGAUGCAAUCAUGAAGGAAAUACAGGCCAUAAAGACGGUCGACGAGGUGGAAGCCUUCAUGUUAAAGCAUGGCGAGAACAUUGUGGACAGUCUGGGAGCGGAAGUUGAUAGAAUAGAGAAAACACUGAAGAAAGCUCAUCCUGAGAUUCGUCACUGUGAUUUAGAAAUCCUGUAAGUAACGGUAGAUUCCAUCUGUGAUCUUCAGCUUUAAGUCUUUGUGCUUCGGUAAGACAGUGUAAAUUUUUCUUAGGAACCCAAUGCAGCCACUACAUUUGGGUAUUAUGCGUAUAGUUUGACGUUUUCCUGUCGGAAGGAGGAGGCAGCACAUUAUUAUCUUGCAUCAGUCUGAUAGCUGUGAAGUUCUGCAUCCAUGCCAGUAAUACAGAUGUAUGAAUGUAUGUGUAUUCCAUUUUUGGUGUGUUAUUUCACCCUUGUUCCACACUAAGAAUCAUUGUUUCUGUGAUGGGAAAGCCUCCUUUUUCUUCUGUAUGCUCUGAAGAUGAAUUGUUACUAAUGGGAAUGUGUCUCACAACAGAUGAGGAGAUUGUAUACAAUCUGUAUAAUAACUUGUAUAUGUAUUUAUAAGAUAAAGAAGUAAGCAGAACACUGAUCACCUGUUUUUCUUUUCUCUGUUAUUCUUCAACACUGUUAUUAGAAGCAGUAUUAAUAUAUACCACAUUUUAAGCUUGAUCAUGUUAUCCAUAUAUAUAUAUGUUUUCUUUUGACCAAUUGUUCAUCAACAAAAUUAUUGAUAGAUUCAUUAUAAUAAGUGUAGAUGUCUUGCAUAUCAAUCUGUAGAGAACUGCAGCUCAACUAAGGCACUGUAAAGAAUACUCAUACUGAAUGUUCAUUAAUGUAUGACACAAUACAUUCUUAUUUAAUUCAUAUACAUUUUUGUGGCCUUUGGUUGGAUGAGCUUGUUAGGUUUAAAUAAUAACUGAAAGAACUGUAAUAUUAAGUAAAAGUGAAGUGUAACAUUUUUGCACAGUGUAGGAAGCUGAUGAGGAAUAUGACGAGAUUGUCUUUAUAUUGCAUGUGAAAUUGUUCAAGUCCAGGAUUUUUUCUUUUCAUUUCUUUUCUUUUUUUCUUUUCUUUUCUCCAUGUACUAGAAUAAUUUCAUGGAAAUUCAUUGAUACUGACAGACUAUAACAUGAAGGGUCACCUUUUCAUUAUAGAUUGCUAAGUUGUCAUGCAGCAGAUUGUCACAAUAAAUGGUGCUAAUAGUGAGAUCGAAAAAACAGGACCAUUCCACAGUGAGUGUCAUGGAAAUAGCUUAAUGAAGAGAGAUGUGCGUUCUUUUUACUUUUUAUACUUGAAUAUUGCUUAUGCCGUAUUUUAUCAGUUCUGGUUUUGUAAAUUGCAUUUCAUUAUUUAUUUCCUUGAUACUGGAAAUUGUUUAUUAUUUGUAUAAUGUGUGUACAGUGAAAAGACAUUGUAUUUGUACAUGAAUGAAGAGAUUUGCUUGUAUUUAAUUAUUUAUAUUAUUAAUUCUUUUGUAUGCUGUAUUCCCCCUAGAGCUUGUUAUUGCUUAUCAUAUUAUUGUGUCUGCAGUAUAAAGAAAUCAAAAUUGA